AUGGCUGUCUUCGGUGUAACCAAUGCAAAUGAUGAAAUAUCACAGUACCAGAUGGGUCGCUAUCGUCGAAAACAAGGAACACCAGUUGAAGGACAUCCAAAUGUAUUUGCUUCAGAUGCUCUGGGUCGCAUCUACACAGUACAUCCAAAUAACGAUGAAUGUUAUUAUUUGCGGUUGUUGUUGGUGAAUGUUCGUGGUCCGACAUCGUUUAAACAACUGAGAACAGUUAAUGGACAGCUGUGUGCGACUUACCAUGAGGCAUGUCAACUAUUACAUUUACUUGAGAACGAUUCGCACUGGGAUGAUACGCUCAAGGAUUCCGUAAUAUCUUCGUCGCCGCAUCAAAUUCGUACAUUGUUUGCGAUUAUCAUAUCGACAUGUUUCCCCUCGAAUCCAAAAGAUUUGUGGGUUAAGUAUAGAGAUGACAUGUCUGAGGAUGUUUUGCAUCGUGUGCGCCGUCAAACUUUGAAUCCUACACUACAAAUGACUGAAGAAAUUUACAAUGACACAUUGAUCAUGAUAGAAGAUAUGUGUUUAUUGAUGGCAAAUAAAGUAUUGUCGUGUUUGGGAAUGACAGCACCCAAUCGUCAUUUGCACGAUGCAUUAAACCACGAGUUGCAAAGAGAACAUCAGUACGACAUUGAAGCAUUGGCCGAAACAGUUCGUACAAAUGUUCCACAAUUAAAUCAACAACAAAGAAUUGCGUACGACACUUUGAUAGAAGCUGUGAACAGUGGAUCUGGUGGAAUUUAUUUCCUUGAUGCUCCCGGAGGAACCGGAAAAACGUUUUUAAUUUCAUUGCUUUUAGCGAGGAUCAGAUCGCGAAAUGAUGUUGCUCUAGCGUUGGCUUCAUCUGGAAUAGCUGCAACUCUGCUAGAAGGCGGGCGAACUGCACAUUCUGCCUUGAAAUUACCACUAAACAUGCAAAUCACCGAAACACCAAUUUGCAACAUCGCCAAAAAUAGCGCAAUGGCCAAGAUCCUACAGGUAUGCAAAUUGAUUGUUUGGGAUGAAUGCACAAUGGCCCAUAAGAGGUCACUGGAGGCACUGGACAGAACGUUGAAAGAUCUUCGUGACAACCAAAAUAUUUUCGGUGGGGCCAUGAUUCUGUUGUCAGGUGAUUUUCGUCAGACUCUUCCAGUUAUUCCCCGAUCAACUGUUGCUGAUGAACUAAAUGCAUGCCUAAAAUCAUCAAAUUUGUGGCAGUACGUAAAGACACUCCACUUAACAACUAACAUGCGAGUAUUUUUGCAACAAGAUGAAACUGCAAAUGUGUUUGCGAAGCAGUUGUUAGACAUUGGAAAUAAUAAAGUUGCAGUGGACACCUCGACCGGAUUCAUCACAUUACCUAUAGAUUUCUGUCACAUCACAGAAUCAAAAGUGGAGCUUAUUCAGCGAGUUUUCCCAGAUAUAGCGCAAAAGUUCAAUAACCAUAAUUGGCUGGGUGAACGAGCAAUAUUAGCAGCGAAAAAUAAAGAUGUCGAGGAUCUUAAUGCGACAAUUCAGAAUUUUCUUCCAGGACAGUUGAUUUCUUUCAAAUCAGUCGACACCGUAAUGAACCAGGAUGACGUAAUCAACUAUCCCACUGAGUUCUUAAAUUCACUGGAAUUGCCUGGAUUACCACCUCACAAUUUGCAGUUAAAAGUAGGAUCAGUUGUCAUCAUGCUGCGUAACAUUAAUCAACCUCGACUAUGCAAUGGAACAAGACUGGCUGUGAAAAGACUGAUGAAUAACGUCAUUGAGGCGACAAUCAUAAAAGGAAAAUACAAAGGAGAGGAUGUCUUGAUCCCGCGGAUACCGAUGAUUCCAAUGGACUUACCAUUCGAUUUUAAACGUUUACAAUUUCCAACUGUAUUUUAA